AUGGCAACAGAAGGAGCUUCAACAUUUCCAGAGGCUGCUGUUGAUCAAGCAUUGAACCCUAGCCUAAACAAGGAGUUUGAAGUUGAUCCUGUAUCAUCAGAUAUCGCCACCUCAAAGGAGAUACAGCAGGAACAAGAAGAGGCUGCACGAAAAAAGGAAAGGGAAAAGCAGGAUGCUAUGCAGAAACUCAAAACAACCAUCCUAGUUUCAGCCAUCAUUGUUGCUGUUGCUGGGGCAGCAUUUGCCAUAACCAAAAAAUUGAGAGAGAAAUGA